AUGACCACAUUAUUGUUGGAUCGCAUUCUCAAAUUAAAAGAUCCUUUAGGUUUUGUAAUUAUAAAAGAUACAAUAUUGCAAUCGGGUUAUUUAAUAACAAAAGAAUUUGUCAAAGGAAUUACAAAGAAUGAGAAAAAUAAUGUUAUCUUUCUAUGUGUUGAGUCCUCUCCUCAAAAAGAAAGCAAUAAAAAUAAUCGAAUAAUAACAUUAUAUCAUUCCGAUAUUCCAACUUAUCCUACAAAUGGAACAGUUGGAUUAUUAAAUAUUAAUAACACACUACUUCAACAAUUAUCAACGACAGCGAUAAUUAUUAAAAAUAUUGAACAAAGUCGUAAAAUGUCAUCUUCUCUUAAAGAUGAGAGAAUUGUGAAUAUUUAUAAUAAUAUACCUGAUAGUGGAAUAUGUAUAAUAGAAUACAGAAAAAAAUCUGGGAAAAUUAUUUAUGAGACGAAUGCAUAUUAUGUAGAUGAAUCUACAGGUGAUCUUAAAAUUCAACCCGUAAAUGAAAUAAACGAGGAAUCAAAAUUGGAGAAUACGCUUGAUCCGACAACAGCAAAUUUAUUAUUUAAUCUAUCAUUAACUGAAGAACAGAAAAAAGAAAAAAAUAAAGUUAUUUUACCACAUGUCAAGAUACAAGGUAAAUGUCAAUUUUUUUUUGUGUGUGACAUUUGA